AUGAGCGACCCGCCCGCCUUCGACGACGCGCAGAUCGUCUACUUGGACGAACACUACGGCGGCGCCAGUUCUCAAAAUGUCCACUGGAUGAUCUUCAACGGCGUCCUCGUCUUCCUCAUGCAGUGCGGCUUCGCCAUGUUGUGUGCUGGCUCCGUAAGAGCCAAGAACGCGCAGAACAUCCUGCUGAAGAAUUUAGUAGAUACGUGCGUCGGCGCCAUGGGCUUCUGGGCGACGGGCUACGCGUUUGCGUACGGGGACCCGUCCCGACGGUCGCGGGGCAACGCCUUCAUCGGGACGAAGUAUUUUUUUCUGUCGGGCGGCGUCGAAAAUACCACAGGCUACGAGAACUGGUUCUUCCAGUUCGCCUUCGCCGCGACCGCCGCGACCAUCGUCUCCGGUGCUGUCGCGGAACGAUGCCACCUGCGAGCCUACGCGGGUUAUAGCGCCGCUCUGACAGCGUUCGUCUACCCCGUCGUGGCCCACUGGUCCUGGAGCCGGGACGGCUGGCUCUCGAACGAUUUGCACGACCCGUUGAUCGGGAUAGGUGUCGUCGACUUCGCGGGGAGCGGGGUCGUGCACAUGGUCGGAGUACCGAAGCCGUCCGACGGACCUAAGGAGGCGACGUCCAAGUUUUGGGGCGUGUGCUGGAAUAAGCAUGCGGGGAAGUGGGAGGCGGGCUAUCAGGACGCGAACGGCAAUAAAUGCUACCUCGGCCUCUUCGACGACCAGGAGUUGGCGGCGCUUGCAGUCAACGCGGCGAUCCAGGCUCUUCCUCCGGCCGUCCAACGUCAGCGCCGCGCGAACCCGGUUGUCGACGGCAAGUUAGUUCCGAAGAAGAGGGCGCCGCGCAAGCGCCGCCGCGAAGAGGACGCGGGCGUCCCCUGCGCGAUCUGCUUCGACUCCACGACGGUGACGCUCGUCUGCGGCCACGCGAUGUGCGAGGAGUGCAUGGGGCGACUGGCCGUUUUCCAGGGCCAGACCCUGACGCGGUCGCGGCGCCGCGUCGUCAUCCAGUGCCCGCUGCGGUGCAAGGCGUUGACCGAGCGGGUCCUCGCGUGA